UCUGGUGAACUGCGGUAUAUGUAGAUAUCAAUUUUUAAAAAUUGGUUAAAAGCAAAGCAUAAAUAAAAAAAUAGUGGUUGCAUUAAACCUAUGGUACUGUUGUAAGAAUAUGUCUGUACAAUAGAUAAUUUAAAUAUGCAUUGUAAGAAUAUAUUGCAUAAAUUCACACAAUACAGUAAUCCAGUUUUUUUUAAAUUUAACCUAUCAAACUUAAAUCAAUUUACACAUAGAAGGAUGUCUACUGAUAUAAAAUCCCUUGAAGAAACAAAAUCUAUUUUGAAAAAACUGUAUUUUGCUGGUGUUGAAGCAGUUUCACCUAAAACUCUUAUAUUGAAUAAAGUUAAAUUUAAAAAUGGAGUAUUGUAUGCAGGAGACCAAAGUUUUGAGCUUAAAGAAAAUGUUUAUUUGAUUGGCUUUGGCAAAGCUGUGAUGGGUAUGGCAAUAAUUCUUGAGCAUAUGCUUGGCAAUUAUUUGAAGAAAGGUAUAAUCAGCGUUCCUUCUGCAUCAACAAAUGCAAUGUGGGAAUCUGAAGAUAAAACAUAUUUUCCUAAGUUAACAACUAGUGUGGUAGAAUAUCGUGAAGGUGGCAUAAAUAAUCAGCCAGAUGAUAGAUGUUGGGAGACAACACAUGAUAUCAUAGACUUAGCAGAAUCUUUAACAGAAAAUGAUACUUUAAUUGUAUUGAUAUCAGGUGGAGGUUCCGCAUUGCUUUAUAUGCCACGGCCAACAAUUGAUCGUGAUGAUAAAUUAGAGCUUUGCAAAAAGCUUCAAAAUGCAGGAGCUGAUAUCAAAGAACUUAAUAUAGUAAGAAGAAAAUUAUCUAUGGUGAAAGGUGGAGGCCUGGCUCGAAUGGCUUAUCCAGCUUCUGUUAUCACUUUGAUAUUAUCUGAUAUUGUUGGUGACCCUGUAGAUUUAAUUGCUAGUGGUCCAACUGUAUAUAGUAACAAAAUACCAAAAGAAGUAAUAAAUGUAUUAAAAAAGUAUAAUUUAUUCCAAAGUUUAGAAGGUGAUCUGAAGAAGAUCAUAAUGGCCAAAGAAAAAUUUAAAGAUCGUAAACUAAUAACUCGAAAAAAGAAAGAAUUUAAACAUGUAAAUAAUAUUAUUUUGGGAAAUAAUUUGGUAGCUGUUGAAGGAGCUGCUUUUGAAACAUACCGCAAUCAGCUCACUCCUAUAAUAUUAAGAACCGAUGUUGCGGGAGAUGUUCGUGAUGUCAGUUUAGCAUAUGCUCAUAUAACAAGUUUAAUAUGUCUUGUAUUAGAUAAAAAAUUAGAAAGAGAAGAAUUCUUUGAAAAAGUAAAAGAUAUUCCUAUACUUUCACUGCCUCCUGCUAAAGUGGAUGAAAUCUAUAAUUUGAUUGAAAAUGUUAGUGGAGAAGGAUUAGUACUGAUUGGAGGAGGUGAACCAACAGUGGUAGUUAAAGGAAAAGGAAAAGGUGGUAGAAAUCAAGAACUAGCUCUACAUUUUUCUUUAGACUGGUUGGCAAAGAUAAAAAGUAAUCCCCGGUUUGCGGAAUAUAAUGUGGUAAUGUUAAGUGCAGGUACAGAUGGCCAAGAUGGUCCAACUGAUGCAGCAGGAGCAUUUGGUUACCCUGCAAUUGGUCCAAUACUUCACGAUAUAUAUCAGAAAGCGAAACAUUUAACUUCCGAAGUGGUGAUUAAAGCAGAAAUGAAAAAAGAAGCCAUUAAAAAGAAAGAAGAAGAAAAGCAACUAUUAGAAUCAUUGCGACCUAAAGAAAUAUGUAAAACGCAAUUAUUAAGUGGUUUUUUUCCAAAAAAACGUACAGAGGAACAAAGUGAAAUAAAAGAUGAAAUAGAAGCAAGAAAGAAACUUGAUUCGAUAAUAGAUGAGGAAACUUUACUUCCAUUCGUAUACCAAACAUUGGAAAUAGAACGUAUGUUACCUCAAAAUGCUUUAAAAGAAAAUGAUUCAUAUAAUUUAUAUUCACGGUUUAAGAAAGGUGCAGAUUUAUUAAAAACUGGUUUUACUGGUACCAAUGUCAUGGAUUUACAUUUUAUUUAUAUUAAACAACGUAAGUGUGAAUGUAAGAUAGAUUUCGAAAAAGAAUUAUCUGAAAACAAUUUAAAUAUGCAUGAUUUAUAUAUUGAUCCAUCAACUAUUGAAAAAUAUAAAGGAAUGCGCGAAUUAGGAAUGUUUAAAUGGCAUAAGGAUUUGUACAGAUCAUCUCGUGUUAGUAAAGAUGAAGCUGAACAGCUAAAUUUAAGAAUUAUCGAUGAUAAUUUGCUGGAUCCAUGUUGUCGCAAAGAAAGAAAAUUUCCGAAAACAAAUGUUUUGAAAGAUAAAAAAGUUCCAGUGCCAUAUGAAUAUCCAUAGCAAUUUAUUAAUGAAGUACAAUUAACAAAUAUUGUUUACGAAACACUUAUUUAUAUAUAUUAAAACGUAAAAAAAAUUGAAUAAAUAGAACAUUUGAUACUGAACACUGGAUUACUAAACAUUUGAUAAAUUUAAUGACAUUUCUCAAAUAGAAUUUACAGAAAUAUAAAAUAUACGUAUGUACAUACAAUGUUUAUAUGUAUAUAUAAUUUUUGUUCAGUGUAAUAAAUUAACGUGGUUAAAAAUUUGUUUACAAUAAAUAAUGUUUAAAUAAUGUAUACAUAGUAGACAAAAUUGUAGAUAUAUUACUGUAUUUUUAUGACACUCAAGCACAGACACGCACACGUACAUUCUCACAGGAUGUAUAUUAUAAUGUACAUACACAAAAAAAACUUAUCUGUACUACUGUGAUUUACAUAAUAUGUAAGAGAUUUAACGUAAAUAUUUUUAUCGCUUUUGAUAUUGUACGCUAAAGAUCCCAGCUAAAUAAAUGAUGUUUAACUAA